CUAUCUUCAAAAAAAAAUCCCAGUCAGUGUUCAUUUGAUCUCUUACAAUGAACAAGGUAGAGCUAUUCUUCAUCUCCAUAUCACCUAGAGGCCACAUCGUUCCCAUGGAGGAGGUUGCCAAGCAUCUUGUUCAUCAAAAUUCUCGCUUCUCAAUCACCGUUCUAAUCAUCAAAACAUCCUUCGAAACCAACACCAUCCCCUACGACCAACCCGUCCACGACCGAAUCCGAUUCAUUUACCUCUCUCUACCCCAAAACCAAAAUCAUGACCUCAAUCGCCCCAAGUUGAUCGAGAGUCAUAAACCCUUAGUCAAAGAAGCAGUCACCACCACCAUCACUUCCUCCAACGACUCAGUACUCGCCGGACGGGGAAUGUUGAAAGAAGACGAAGAUGAGGUUUACAUUACUCGACAGUGGCUCGGGGUUGGUGAAGUGAGAUGGUUCUGGUACAACUCAGGCGCUGCCACUCUUAGUCUCUGUUUUCACUUACAAGCCCUCCACGAUUCCCAGAACAUUGACAUCACCGAGUUCAAUGGAUCUAACGCCGAGCUUCCAGUUCCUUCUUUCCGGAACCCAGUUCCGGCAAAGGUCUUACCUUCUUCCGUACUUCACAAAGACCGCGCCGCCGAAAUAUUUGGCUUCACUAGAAGGUUUAGAGAGACCAAGGGAAUUAUGGUAAAUUCAUUCAUGGAACUCGAAUCUCAAGCGCUCAACUCUCUUUCGUCUGAUCCCCAAAUACCACCAGUUUAUCCAGUGGGACCCGUAUUGACUCCUCAGAUGGACGGUCAAGAUCAUUGCUCCGAUAUCAUGAAAUGGCUUGAUGAUCAAGCUCCGUUGUCAGUUGUGUUCCUAUGCUUCGGGAGCAUGGGAAGCUUCGGUGAGGAUCAAGUGAAAGAGAUCGCCUGUGCACUAGAGCAGAGCGGACACCGAUUCCGGUGGUCCCUACGCAAACCUCCACCGAAGGGCACGAUGCAAUUACCCACUGAUUAUUCAAAUCUGGAAGAAAUAUUACCGAAAGGAUUCUUAGAUCGGACGGGUGGGAUUGGGAAGGUGAUUGGAUGGGCUCCACAAGUGGAAAUCCUGGCCCACUCAGCAAUCGGAGGGUUCGUAUCGCAUUGCGGGUGGAAUUCUACAUUAGAGAGUAUAUGGUUCGGUGUUCCGAUUGCGGCGUGGCCGAUGUACGCUGAGCAACAACUCAAUGCUUUCCAGUUGGUGGUGGAAUUGGGAUUAGCGGUGGAAAUUAAAAUGGAUUAUAGGAGGGAUAGGAUGACGGAGAACGAACCCAUUGUGAGUUCGGCGGAGAUAAAGAGAGGAAUAAUAUCUGUGAUGGAGGAGGAUAGCGAUAUCAGAAAGAAGGUGAAGGAGAUGAGUGAAAAGAGCCGAAACGCCUCCGUUAUGAGUGGCGGAUCUUCCCACUCCUCGCUCCGCCGUUUUAUCACUGACGUCAUUGAUAACGUCCAAUGAUUACAGAAGACUUCCUCGUAGAACUCCAGUAACCAUUGAUUUUUCUUCUGAUAAAUAAUUAGGGAUGUAAUAAUUAAUUAAUAAGAGUUUUUAAAUAUGUACUUAAUAAAAGAGGUCUUUUUAA